AUGGUGACUUCCCCAGCAACUUCGUCGUCGGAACAAACCUCCGAUACCGCAGCUCCCAGGAGCCGGCGGUCACGCGUGUCGGCUGAGCACACAUUGAACAGAGUGCGCGAGAACCAGAGGAGACAUCGGGCCCGACAGCGAGACCACGUCGCCUCUCUUGAGCAAAAGCUUGCAGAGACUGAGAAACUGCUUGCGGAGGCAAGGGCGGAAAUCGCCGUGCUAAAAGGACAAUCGGCCACCAACUCACAACAGCAAACCAACGACGAUCAAAUCGAAAAAGCGGCGCGAGGAGUAAGAUAUGAAGAAGGAGGGAGUUCUGGACUGCAAGAAAUACCAUGCCCAGCACCAUCCAGCCAGCAAAACUCGCUAGCCCUCACCGUCCAACCAGGAGCCGACAUCGACCCGCAGCUGGCCUACCCUGAUGUCCCCAUUCCAGACCUUUCCUUCCUUGGCGAUUCAUCCUUCUAUCUGUCGUCGAAUACCUCGCCUACAACUUCGCUCUUGGCCAUUCCGUCACAGGACCUUAACAUCAUCUCCAGCGACAACACUACCACCGGCCCACCACCAUGUUGUAGCGACCCAUUACCGUUAUCGAAUUCGACUAAUGACUUGGAGUGCUCGUCGUGCAAGACUAAACCUCCACCCGAUCCAUCAGAGAGCACUACGCUGUGCGCUCAGGCAUUUGUUAUGAUUGGGCAGCAAAACUUUAGGAAUCUAGAUCCGGAUACCAUUCGACUUUGGUUGGCGCAGGGACUGAGACGAGCGCAAAGGGAAGGUGAGGGAUGUAGGGUUGAAAACGGGGCGUUGAUGAGGUUGUUGGAUUUUAUCAGCGGAUUGUAG